AUGCAACUCGAUCAACUUGAAAAGGCUUUACGUCAACUCCCUCAUGAUACUCUUAUGACAGAGAUCCCAGAAAUUCAAAACUCAAUUGCCCACUUGAAAAAAUCAAAUGAUGAAAUGCGUGAAUACGAUCCAGACCACUCCGAUCCAGAUUUCGUACAGGCUAUUGGCGAAAACAUUGCUCUGAUCAAGCAUUACGAAGAACGCAUUGAUCUCACAUUACGUGUCAUUCGAGAAAUCAUUGGAGAAGCAGCAGCACGGGAGAUGGGUAGCAAUGUUGCGUCUUUUAGAGAACGUUAUCAAACACCCCAAGAAUCUACUCAGGAAGAAGCAGGAGUUUUUUUGUAA